AUGCUGGACAUCGAGAGCAUUCUAGAGCGGUUUACAAGAAAAACUCAUCUUUUGGAAGAAGGUUGGCGAAUUAUUGCAAAGCAGCUCUUGCCACACAAAAUUCAAGCUGAUUACGAAGUUGAUUUUGGUUCCGUUGACCUGACUUCAUUGGUUGUUUCUGAAGCUCAUUUUCCCGUAUCAGUAACCGGAAUGUACUAUUCUGAAGAUGGAAUAAAUACGCACCAGCUAAUACUUCAACAAAUCGAAGAAGGGUAUUUUGUUCUUACUCUUCGAGCUGAUCAAGAUCCGAAAAAGGGUUCAAUUCGGAUUCCGGUUCAGAACAGAUUCUUUUUGAACUCCGAGGACGAGCUUGAAGACUAUCCAAAUCAAAAUAUUGAUGCAUUUUAUGGUGAUCCUAGCGGGAUAGAGCAAGAAACUUGGUACAUUUUCCCAACCGCUUAUUUCUUGAAAAUCGAUAAAAUUAACAGAAAGCCGAUUGAAGAAAAAAUACGAAAAUUCAAUGACGCUUCAAUUGACAUGCUUUCUCGAGUUUAUACCAAGCGAUUUUCUGAUUAUACUGACGAUGCGAUGCCGUACUUGCUCAAUUGUCUUGAAAGAACUGAAGCAUUCGACUGGAAAUUUGUCAAAUUCGAACGAAACUCUGAUAUCAUGCAAGUCACGAUGCCCGAUGACACGAAAAAAAAACUCAAACUCACCCCAAUCAUGAAAGAAAUCAUCAAAGAUCUUGAACAGAAAAAUCAUCCAAAGCUUUAUGGACCACCCUUGAGUCGAGAGGAUUUGAAACGAGUCCAGUCGUUCUUUUUGAUCGAAACUGUUGAAGAUGUCGUCGAAAUAGAAAUGCAGAAUCAGAAAUGGGAAACAGCCUAUAUUUUCGAGCGGAACAAAACUCUUUAUCUCAAGAUUCGUGGCAGAGAGAGUACGAGAGAAUUUCCUCUUUCAAAAGAACAGGCCCUCGUUUUCACAGACUACAAAGAAGAAUUCCAAGGAGAAGCGAUCAUCAGCAAGACUUUGAUUGAUCGAGGAGGAGAGGGUCUCGUGAUGGAAAUGGAAGUUGAUGGAGUAACUUACGCUGCAAAAGCUCAUCUCUUUGAUCUUUCGAUUCUAAGCCAUGGGAAGAAAGUCACGGACUAUAUAAUUGACACUGAUAUUUUUGAUGAUCCUCGAAACGACCUUGUCCAACACAGAAACAUCAUCAAGCAUGUUGCCAAUUCACGAAUUUUCCACAAAGACGACAUCGAGCGAACUGACUGUUUGGGCUGGAUAACAUUUAUGCCCAAAAUGAAGCAGAAUUUGUGGAGAGCGCUCGAAAAUGCAGAACUUGGACCUGACGAGAGAAAGCGUAUUGCCCGAUCGAUUUUUGAAGGAAAGCGAUUUUUGCUGGAAGAGUAUCGCAUCGUUCAAACUGACUUGAAAGCGUCAAAUAUGUUUGUGACUUAUGAUGAUUCAGCAAUUAAAAUUGGAGAUUUCGGCCUUGUUAUCGGUCAAGGCGACCAAGUUCAUGGCAGUUAUCAGAUAAGAUGUCACAAGAAAGAGAGUAUUUGGACAAGAAAACUCGGAUAUCGACGACCCCAUGAAAAAUUUCUCAACGAAGAAAGGCUUCUUUCUGGUACCCCUGGAUUUACCUACAGCAAGGCAUUGAACAAUCAGCCAGUCGCUGUCUCUCCCUUUAGGAGGCUUCUGAUCUUCCUUACCUGUGAAUGGUUCACUGCUUGGAACAUCAAUUUUUUCACAUCAAUCCCUCUUGAAACGAUCAAAUUCAACUUUCAACAAUGUGGACUUGAUUUCGAAGUUUUCCUUGCCCCGCUACGCCUUCAUGAGAAAGAUGCCAAAAUCGACAUUCUGCAAAUGAAAUUCGGCCAAGCGACGGAUCCACACCGCUCAAGAAUGCGAAUGAUUCACGAAGUCAUGAAAAUGAACCGAGUGGUUCAAAUAAGCCUCGACUCUUUUGGACAACAAAUUGAAAUUUCCAACAGAACCGCGAAAUCGGUCGAGAUGCUGAAAUGGAAAGAAGAUCUUUCAAGACACAAUUCUUAUGAUUUCCAAAAUGUUACAAAGCAUGCAAUCGAUCAGAAAAGUUCUGAAUUGUCAGUUUCCAUUUCUGUGACGAAUUUACUACGAUAUGCAAUCAAGGAAAGACUUCGUGAAAUUAACCCGAAUACUGUUGAUGAUCAAAUGAAGCCGUACACCUUCGAUUUUCUUUUGAAAACAUUGAUAUUUCACAUUUAUCCGCGAAAUUUUGAUGGAAUGGACCUGAACCCAUCCCCUAGAAGAAAGUACAAAGCCCAACAAAAUAUGAGUGUCGACAAAUUGCUCCGUCGACUUGAAGAGAAAAAUUUCAUGUUUUGCAUUCCCGUAAGGAAUCAAGAAACAAAUGAAAUUGAAUACCCGUUUUUCGAAGGAUGGAAACAGCUUCUUUUGUUGAUAAAAGAGCAGGACUUCAUCGCUACCUCAAAGUUCUUUUUUAACUCAGUUGAAUUGAAUGAGAAUUUCGUUUUCGACCGACCUCUGACUGUUUCUUGCUGUUACAUAACACAAGAUGAAAAUCGAGUUCUCCACGAAAACUGGCAUCAGCUUCUUCUUGAUCGCGUCGACACCGUUAACAGACAGUACAUUCUACAAAGCUCCCUUGUUGAUGAGUCAUUCCCUGAAAUGACUGCUUGUGUGAAAAUCCCAAUGGAGCGACCGUAUUAUAUGCAUAACGACUUUUUUGUGCGAAAUCAAUUUGUCCAACAAAAUAAUUACCAAUACUUUGACCCAGCAGCUAAUGUUUUCAUGAAGCUCGUCAAUGUUGAAGUUGACUGUGGCAUCAAGACAAAUAUGUGGUAUCUUUUCCCAACUGCUUAUUCUAUUCAAAUCAUUGAUAAAGAAUUAUAUGUGUAA